CAUGUUAUCAUCCCUAUUUCCUAUUAUUAAGUUACUCUUCUACGCACUUACAAGAAACAAUUCUGUUCUAUGAUGGCUUUUUUAAGAUACAUAGUCCUUUCGUUAACGAUCUCGUUGUUAGCCUCUAAGGGUGCCAUUGCCGGGAAUGAUCAUCUACACGACGACCACCAUUUCUCGAUCUUGGGCUAUGCGGCUCAUGAUCUAUCAUGCAUCGAUAGGUUAAUAAGGCUAUUUGAGUCAUGGAUGGAGAGACAUGGCAAGAUGUACCACAGCAUUGAAGAGAAGUUGCAUAGGUUUGAGGUGUUUAGAGAUAAUUUAGAUCACAUUGAUGAGACCAACAAAAAGAAUAAUAAUUAUUGGUUGGGCCUAAAUGAGUUUGCUGAUAUGACUCAUGAUGAGUUCAAGCAAAAGUAUUUGGGGCUUAAGGCUGACUUGCCCAAAAGUGGUAAGGCCUCUGAGUUCAGUUAUAAGGAUGUCCAAUUUGAGGCCCUGCCCAAAUCUGUUGAUUGGAGGAAAAAGGGUGCUGUCACUCCUGUCAAAAAUCAAGGUUCUUGUGGUAGUUGCUGGGCAUUUUCGACAGUGGCAGCAGUAGAAGGAAUCAACCAGAUCGUGACAGGGAACUUGACAUCACUUUCGGAGCAAGAAUUGAUAGAUUGUGACACAACAUACAACAAUGGUUGCAAUGGAGGUUUGAUGGACUAUGCUUUCCAAUACAUAAUUGGUAACAAUGGACUUCGUAAGGAAGAUGACUACCCUUACCUUAUGGAGGAAGGCACUUGUGAUAGUAGCAAGGAUGUGAAUAAAGUGAUCACUAUUGAUGGGUACCAUGAUGUCCCGGCUAAUGACGAAACAAGCCUAAUCAAAGCACUGGCUCAUCAGCCAGUUAGUGUUGCUAUUGAAGCCUCUGGUAGAGACUUUCAAUUCUACAGCGGGGGUGUUUUUGAUGGACAUUGUGGGACAGCAUUGGAUCAUGGAGUAGCAGCCGUUGGAUAUGGAUCAAGUAAGGGCUUGGAUUACAUCAUAGUGAAGAACUCUUGGGGAAGUAAAUGGGGAGAGAAAGGGUUCAUUAGGAUGAAGAGGAAUACAGGAAAGUCAGAAGGGAAAUGUGGUAUUAAUAAGAUGGCUUCUUAUCCUACCAAAAACAAGUGAUCAACCAUUAAUCACACUUGACUGCAUUAACUAUCCUGCAAAUACAGGGAAAUAUGUAUGAUUAAGUUAAUUGUCUUGCGCUGUUACAUCUGUAUUUCAUUUUAUCAUUUCUUUUUACAUUGUUGAAAUUUCUUUGUAAUUCAAUUUCGUAUAAAUAAAAUGCAAUUUUUUUUACUCUUUG